UGAUUGGGCGACGGUCGGCCGGAGGGGUGGCGCACCCGUAAACCAGCAGGUUCGGUUGCGGAGGGGGCGCACCCGUAAACCAGCGGGUUAGGUUGCGGAGGGGGCGCACCCGUAAACCAGCGGGUUAGGUUGCGGAGGGACCGCCACCGCUCUCACUCAGGCGUUAACUUUUACACCGACAUCCACCUGCCCCGUUUGGUCGAAGAUUCCCCCUCCAUGCCCCGCUUGGUGAAGCGAUCCGCGCCUCCCGUGGCCUGGGAGGAUGAAGAUGUUGAAGACCAUCUGAGCUACAAGCUGAGGCGAGAUCGGAUGGAGGACGAGGGUGGCGCCGACACCGAGAUGGUGGUGAACGCUGCAGCGAUGGGUAGAAGCCGCCUGCUCGCCCCCUCGCCAGCUCACCUCGACUCCCGCAGCAAGAAGUGGCCGGCCCGCCUCUGCUCAAUGCUCUGCUGCAUCGUGCUGCUGUCCUUCGUGGCAUUUCUUCUAGCAAUCAUGUACAUCGUCUUCAAAGAUUUGAGUUGGGAAAAAGAAAACCAUGAGAUUGAUAUCAAGACUGGAAUUUUGGGCAUUUGGAGUUCAUUAAUUUUGGCCUUGAUAGCUGGGUUGUCAUGCUGCAGUUUCUCAUGGACGUUGACGUAUUUUGAUUCAUUUGAACCUGGAAUGUUUCCACCAACACCACUAUCACCUGUUCGAUUUAGGAAAUUAACGGGUCAUUCAUUCCACAUGGGCUACAAUAUGGCAAUCCUCAAUGGCAUCACUACAGCUCUGGCAAUAGUUUGGUGGUUCACCUGAAACCAAUUUUACUUUUCCCUUCUCAUUUAUUGAAAAUGAAUACUGAUCUUUAUCCAGAUUUGCAAGCCUUUUGCUUAAAGACAGUGAGAUAUGAAGAUACCUGUUUCUUUUUUAAUUCAUUUAAAGAUAACAUUUUUGUUAUCCAGUUUCUUAAAAUUCCAGUUUUACACCUGUUAUUUUGACCAUCUUAUUCCAUUAUGUUGGAGUAUUUAAUUGCUAAUUUGUUAUCAGUUAAUAAUGUAUCAAAGGCAGGUAUGUGGUAUUCUGUACUCUGUCCAUCACGACAAAAGAUAGGCAGAGUUGAACAAAUUAAAUGUAUUACAUUUUAAAUUCUUAUUGUAGUUGACUGGGAGAGGAGAAUUACAUUUGGAUCUAUUAAGUAAAGUAAAUAAUGUAUUGCUAAGCAUGUAGAAACAAGGAACUGUAGAUACAGGUUUACAAACAUGGGCAUUUUGAUUUUUUGAUUAUGUUUCUGUAAUUCUAGCUGAGCUUUUCAGAUUCAUUCUAUUUUGAAACUGCCUUGUAUAUAAAGUUGUCACCCUAAAAUUCUUUGCAGACUUUUACAUGACUUUUGACAGAAGAAUAUUUUUUAUAGACAGUAAAGCUAGAAGUGACUAUGAUCAUAUGAAAUACGAGUGGCCUAGAGAAUGUAUUUUUCCAUUAAGUGUUCACUUGUCUACGCUGAAAAGUCGAGGUGACACAACGUUCAUAAUAAAAUAAAAUGCUUAAUGUCACUGUCCCAUUAUCCAUAAAUCCCAUCGAUUUGGCAUCAAGUGCACUGGGCAACCCAUUCCUUUUUUGCCUCAAGCAACACCUGGCUUCACUGGAAACUUUAUUCUACUUCAUGUCUUAAAGGGAAUUAAAAAUGUGGUGUAUUACUGGGAGUAAGCAACCUUAAUUCGUCAGGAAAAUCUGCCAGUCCACGCCACAAGUUUGCUGUUUUACUAAUUAAUAGUCUAUUUUCAUGUUCAUGGCAACUGAGCAAGCAACCUUUUUUAAACAGAGUAUCCCUGAACUUCCAUACAGCAUUACCAAGGGUUAUAGUUUUUUUAAACAGAUACUAGAUCUGGCAAGAAUAAUUUUGGUGCAGGAAAUACAAAUUUAUGAAAAUCUAAUUCUGACUUGAUGGUCACGAUCAUAUCUUCUACUAUGCCCUGUUAUAAGGAAAUGUAAAUAUUUGCUGCUGAUCUCUGUUAGUAAACUUGUGAUUUCUGUAUUGGUAUUAAUCCAAAUAUAGAAUUUUAUAGUGGCUUGUUCAUCUUGGGUUGAGAUCUCAUGGUAUUGACAUGCUAUUCAGUCAAAUCACUGAUUCUAAAGACUACUAAAAUUGGAAAUCAUUUAUGUUUGUCAAUUGAUUAAGAUUAAAGAUUUGUAAAUGGCUUUGAUUGUAUAGAUAUGAUUAAAAUUUUGUCUUGUUUUUGAACUAUAAUAUCCCAUUAUCUUUCGCCUUUUGUGAAAGAUGGCUUCCUCUGUGUAAAUUGCAUAAAGUCUUCACAAAAACUGAAAUGUCAUGUAUUUUUAAAAUAUCCACUCAUUGUUAUUUAUCACCAUAAUCAACUAGAGUUGUUUCAGGUCCAGAGCCUCAUAAUUCAGGGAUGAUGCGAUUUUAAAUUUGAAUUAAUAUUUGUCACAAAAUAACCAGGUGGCUGUAAAAAUUAAUUUAAAAUGUUGUACUUUCCUAAGAACUCACUAGUGUAAUGUGGUGCUUAUCUCUGUACCAGGCAGAAUGUUUUUUUAUGUCAGUUCUAAUAAUUAUGAAUGCAACAGACCUUUUUAAAAAAAUUGAUAUUUUGCACGUCAAAAAAUAUUUUAUGAACUUCAGAAGGAACCUCAUUGCUGAUUGAAGAUUGGUUGUAAUGAAUGUACUGCAUUGCUGUGUAUAAUGGUUGUUUGAACUAUUAAAGGUGAUUUGCCGUGAAA